AUGAACUCAAAGUCACCUACUCUCGGCCAAUGGUCCACCGGUCUAUAUGAUUGCUUUGAAGAUUACGGGAAUUGUUGUCUUACCUGCUGCUGUCCUUGCGUCACCGUUGGCCGCACUGCUGAGAUCGUGUCUAGAGGUGCAACGUCUUGUUGUGCCGCGGGAGCAACCUAUGUCCUCCUUGCCUAUUUCGGUUGUCAAUGUUUGUACACGUGCACAUUCCGAGACAAACUCAGAGCCUUGUUUUCCUUGCCGGAAGAUCCGUGCGCAGAUUGCUGUGUCCAUUUUUGGUGCGCUCCUUGUGCUAUUUGUCAAGAGUACCGCGAACUCGUAAACCGUGGAUUGGACCCUUCAUUAGGUUGGGAAUUGAAUGCUAAGAAAAUGGAAGCUGCAGUCACAAGUGCUCCAUCUGUUGCAAGGGGCAUGGCUCGUUAA